AUGAUGAUGAUGAUGGCUCUCAGCAAAAUCAUCAAACCUUGGUCGCUCAGCUCAGCACUCAGCAGCUCAGUACCGCCGGUUCUAAUCAUAACGGCAACACUGUUUUGUCGUGAAGAUCUGGUACAUCAACUGAGAGUUUCUGAUUUGCAACAGCUGCUCGGGGACCAUAAUAUAAGCCGCAGUGGUCGCAAAAGUGAGCUGAUAGAAAGGGUUCUGAUUCUAGUGAGGCAGAAUAUAUCAGUUCUGAAAUAUAAAGUUCGAGAACUUCAUCAAAAAGCACAAGAAGAGGCUGAAGCUUUAACAAAAUCUGACAAAGUAACGAUCGCACCAUCUGUAAUAACGACCAGCCAAGCCGUAACAAAUCCCUUAUUAACAGCAGAUCCUCUAACCAUUCAUUCGGUGGCACCAGUGAUCAAUCCGGCUUCCAUACCUCGCGCCACUCCCAAUAUGUACCAACAACAGUAUGCGAAUGCUGUCCAAAACGAUAACCGUGUUGCGCAGGUACAUGCAAAUGGUAUCAUACCAAUUCCGUAUCCGGAAACAACUCCGAAUCCUGGCUAUCCCAUUCAUCCGGAUGUAAAGUUGAAAAAGCUGGCAUUUUUUGAUGUAUUAGCAACCCUUCUGAAACCGGCCACACUUGUACCAAGUAACACAACACAGAGAGUUCAGGAGGGUUCCUUUUUCUUUCAUUUAACACCUCAACAAGCAACAGAUAUUGCAACUAACAGAGACAUUCGAAACGUGAACAAGAUUGAGCAUACCAUUCAAGUACAACUACGAUUCUGCCUGUUGGAAACUUCGUGCGAGCAGGAAGACUAUUUUCCUCCAAACAUUGUUGUUAAGGUCAACAACAAAUUAUGUCCACUUCCGAAUCCCAUACCAACUAACAAACCAGGAGUUGAGCCGAAACGACCACCGAGACCGGUCAACAUAACACCCAAUGUUAAAUUAUCGCCUCUAGUGGCUAAUCAUAUUGCUGUAUCGUGGUGCACUGAAUACAACCGAGGCUAUGCAGCUGCAUGCUAUCUGGUACGGAAAUUAACCUCAUCCCAGCUAUUGCAGCGGAUGAAAACAAAGGGUGUUAAGGCAGCAGAUUAUACGCGUGCUUUAAUAAAAGAAAAACUUAACGAGGAUGCUGAUUGUGAGAUUGCCACAACAAUGUUGAAGGUUUCGUUAGUUUGUCCUUUGGGUAAAAUGCGCAUGACAACGCCUUGUCGAUCGUCGACAUGCUCUCAUUUACAAUGUUUCGAUGCAUCCUUGUACUUGCAAAUGAAUGAACGUAAACCUACCUGGAAUUGUCCAGUAUGUGACAAACCAGCUAUUUACGAUAACCUGGUUAUCGAUGGCUAUUUCCAAGAAGUGCUUGCUUCUACCAAACUAGGAUGUGAUGAUAAUGAAAUUCAACUUCAUAAAGAUGGAUCGUGGAGCACACAUGUUAAGAGCGCGGAAGCAUGUACAGUUGACACUCCGAGUAAGCCUGUGCAGAAAGUUGAAGUUAUCUCAGAUGAUAUAGAAGUUAUAACGACUGACCCACCCAAGUCUAGUAUUAGCCAGACAAGUGUCAUUUCCAGUAGCGAACCAUCCUCUACAACUGCACCUUCUGGUGACACGGUUGAUCUGACUUUGAGUGAUUCUGACGACGACGAUCUUCCAUUGAAGCGCAAAACAGCCAGUCGGCCAGGAACAAACGGCAGCGGUAAUACACCUAGCGGGGCUAGUACUGGAAACACUAACGCAAGUUCUACAACAACAUCCACCAGUACCGCAACGGCAACUACAACAAUAGCAUCAACAAAUCCCAAACCGAAAUCAAAUGAAGAUGCUUCGCAAUCUGUUAUAUCACUAGACUCGCCGUCGCCACCAUCGACGCCCAAUCCACCUCCGUAUAAUGCGGCCGUCCCGGCAAUGUCCAACAAUGUUUCAUCUACCACUGCUAGUACGCCCAUAAUUCCACACCAGCUGCCUGUAAGUCCACUUGAGCAAGCUAGCAAUUUACAACUCAAUCCAUUAGCAAUGAACAGAUAUGAUACCCAUGCCGUGGAUGAUCUGCAGUCUUACAUGUAUAAUCGUCUAAUAAGUGAUGCCCAGGAACUAUCCUACCUGACGAACCAGUGGAGUGCGCAAGGUUACAUGCAUGGUGGAAACGAUUUGCACAACUUCCACCGGUAGCAUAGCGUAUUUUACAAACAAUAAAUACCUAGGUACUAGGACAUCAACAGCUUUCACACCGUCUGGAGUUUGCAAUCUCCCCGUGUUCAGGUAAAAAUAGGAGAUUCAGGGCAUUUCUAACGUCCAUCGGAGUACUCUCUGGUGCAGUUCAACAAGAUGAUUUUCAUUAUGUUACAAUGAUGAAUCUUUCUAAAUAUGAAUUUUGUAGAAAAAGUGAAGGAUAAUAAAGUAAUUUAAGUCUUUCAUGUGACCAGUAGGGCUGUUGCAGACAAAUAAAUUUUUCUAUGAUCAACGUA